UUAUAAAAGCAUAAAUGUCUGCAAAAAAAAAGAUAAACCUGUAUUCUGUCUCUUUUUGAAAUAGCAAAAUUCUCUGUGCACUUUUAUGUGCUCAUUAGAAAGAAUCUCUUUGUGAUACAGUCAUUUACACACAAAAGAGAGUGUAAGUAAUUCUAUCUCCUCCCAUUGUCCGGUUCUAUCAGAACCAUCUGUCUGGUUCAGAUGACAAUAGCCUACUUGUGAUAUUCAAAACCACCUUGUGUCAAAGAACCGCCCCACAGUCCAGAUGAGCUGAGCUGAUGUGAGCGCGAGGCAGAGAUACUGAAUAGUUGAUGAGACAAUAGUUAGUUUGACAGGGGGGAAGAAUGGAAAGUCUGGAACUUAUCUCCUUCUACAUUCUGGAUCGAGCCAGAAAAACUGUGAUGGAAAAUUACUCUGUGACUGUGCAUGUGCGUGCAUGAGAGAAAGAAAGGGAGCGAGCUUGAAGGCGAAGAAGAAAAGUGGAUAAUAUGGUCAGCAUAAAAGAAAGUCCAGAAAUAAAGUUGUCACAGAGGCUCGGUGAGAGAUGUUAGAGGAGCUUCGGUGAUUACGGUGCUUAGUCAGGGUCUGAAAAUGCAGCGUUUCGCACCUGAGAAUCACAUACGCUUCAGAUGGAACGGGUGGAAAAGCCUAUUGCUGCCUCAGUUGAACAGACGCUCGCUGUAUGUCUACGGUAGUGAGGUGGCCGUGGAGAAGGAGCGCAAUAGACAGAAAGAGGGAGACGUGAUCGUCAUCCAUCCCUUCAGUCGUAUAAGGAGUUACUACAUCAUGUGUAUGGUGGCCAUAACAUUUCUGAAUCUAAUUGGGAUUCCAAUGGAGAUUGCCUUUCUAGAUGGGAACAGUGGAGUAGGUUGGGAGGGUUUUAAUGUGUUCUCGGACACUCUAUUCCUGAUUGACGUUGGGCUUAACUUUCGCAUGGGGAUCAUUAAUGAGGACAGCGAUGGAGCCAUUCUGGAUUUGAAAAGCAUUCGACAACGGUAUCUAAAGAGCUGGUUUAUACCUGAUAUGGUGGCAGCAUUUCCAGUUGGUUAUAUCCUACUUAUUGCGGAUCUACAAUACCAUGGUGACUCUCCCUCAUCCAGAGCCAGCAAAAUGAUGCGCAUCUUGAUGUUUGUGAGAAUCCUCAGUCUUGUCCGCCUGCUGCGUGUGUCAAGGCUAGUUAGGUUUUUCAAUGAGGUGGAGAGAGUUUCAAAUGCCAACUUGGAGGUGAUGAGGGUAUUCCUAAGAAUCUUGUCAUUAUUUAUGAUGAUAUUCCUGCUGUGCCACUGGAAUGGCUGUAUCCAGUAUUUCGUACCUAUGCUUGAGGAAUUUCCCUCAGACUGCUGGGUUAGAAGAGAGAAUCUAAUGAAUGCCACAGUGGGAGAGAAGUACUCCUUUGGAGUCUUUCGGGCCCUCUCUCACAUGACUGCAAUAUCAUAUGGUUCUUCUGAUACACCCACAAAUGAGGUUGAGCUGUGGAUUGUCAUGACUAGCAUUGUGUCUGGAGCCAUCAUGUACACAGUGAUGGUUGCCAACACUGCUGCUAUGAUGUCUGAUGUGGACAUAACAGCAAGAGCAUACAAGAACAAGAUAAACCAUCUGGAAGAUUAUAUGACUUUCAUGAAGCUUCCCAAAGCCCUUCGUAUGCGCAUCAACAACUACUAUCAGGCUCGCUAUGGAGGGAAAUGGUAUGAUGAGAAGGAUGUCCUGAAGUGGGUGUCCUCAUCUCUCAGAGAGGAAAUUCUGCUGACCAUGUGCUCGGACCAUGUGAGAAAAGUUCCCAUUUUCCGAAACCGUGACAUAAACUUCAUCAAUGCAAUUCUUCUGGAACUGCUGUAUGAGGUCUUCCAGGCGGGUGACAUCAUCAUCCAGCAGAAUGCUCCUGGUGACCGCAUGUUCUUCAUCGAGCACGGGCAGGUUCUUGUGGAGAAUGAGUUUUUCCAGAGGGAACUGUGUGAUGGAGACUACUUUGGAGACUCAUGUCUCCUAACAAGAGGAAGGCGUUUGGACACAGUACAAGCUCUGACUAUCUGUCAGCUCUUUUCCUUGUCAGUGGACACCUUUCAAUGCGUUCUGGAGGACUAUCCAGACAUCAAGAGAGACCUGGAGAGAUAUCAACAGGAUAAAGACAUUUUGUUAUAUUGAGAAAGCCUCCUUCUCCAACUCAGCUCCUCCCUCCUGGCUUCUGCUGCCAUAGACUACCACUUUCCAAGUGCCCACAGCAGGAUGCUCCAUCACAGCUCAGCAUAACCAGUCACAAUGUCACUCUAAUGUUUCUUUAUGGGUCUCUGCAAGUGGAUCUUUGCUACUUGUUUUUCUAGUAUAGGCUUCUGGUUCUCCCCACCACCAGGAUCUGCCUCUUUAAGUCUUCCUUAGCCUUUUCUCUGCGGUAUCCAGAACAGCGCCCUCCGGUGAGCUUCAUUUCAGUCAGAUUAGCUUUCAGUGACUAAUGCACACUUAUUUGUACACAUGUACACAGCUAAUUUUUACGUUUAAAUGUCCAACAAAAGUCAGCAGAUUUUUCCCAAAAAUCAGCAUAGAUAAUGUACAAAUUUGGUCAGGGCCUAGAAAUAAUCCACCAUAUUUUACAUGUUAUGUGUAUAUGGAUUUUUUUUAUUUUUUUUUAUAUAAAUUUCAUAAAGUUAUCCUUAAAGGAGAAAAUAACCCUAACCUUUUUUUUUCAAGGUCAGAUGUUUAUACAAGUUUUAUUUAAAAAAAGAUUUAGGCUAAACAGAGAACUGUCAUUACAUGUUUUUUCGCUUUAAUAUCUGUUUAUUUAUUUAUUUAUUUAUUUUUUUUGAAAGAUCACAUUAUAUUUGUACUUCUCUCGACACACAAAAAAAGCAUUCUGUACUUCUCUCGACACACAAAAAUGCAUUUUUAUUUUCAAGAGUAUAUAUGCUACCAUGUUUAAAUUAGGCCCAUAAAUCAACAAAGACAGCAUGAUAACACUCUGGCUGUCCAUGAGUUAGGCUAAUAUGUGCAUUCAGAAAUCUCUGUGGACAUUCAAAGAGAAAUAUGUAUUGUUUAAUUAAUAUGUAAGUUACUUACACAGAUUUAGAGGAACACGUAUUCAAGUUUAGAAGUCUCUCUUCUGUCAAAGAAAUAUAAAACAUGAAUUAAUAAAUAACAUAAAGACU